AUGGCUGAUUUGCGUGAACAGUGCGUGGCCGACAAGUUUUGCUUCCUGCUCGGGAAAACUGGCGCAAAAACCCUUGAGAUGUUGAAAACAGCUUACAAAGGUGAUACUUUAGAGAAAACUCAAGUAUUUGAGUGGUUUUCCCGUUUCAAAAGUGGUGAAAUGUCGAUAGACGACCAAGCUCGCACUGGACGUCCUUCGACGGCGCGAACCAACGAAAAUGUAGAAAAAAUUCACAAAAUUAUCCUGGAAGAUCGACGGCAAACCAUCGAAGAAGUAGUGGACAGAUCUGGUGUGACAUGGAGUUCAGUACAGAGAAUUUUAAGUGAAGAUUUGGGGAUGAGACGGGUGGCUUCAAAAUUUGUUCCUCGACUGCUAACUGAGCAGCAAAAACAAGGUCGCGUGGAAUCAUGCUCUUCUUUGAAAGAAGAAUUCCAAAAUGACCCAAACUUCUUUUACGAGGUCAUUACAGGUGACGAUUCAUGGUGCUAUGGAUAUGAUCCUGAAACCAAGCAACAAUCGAGCCAUUGUACAUUUAAAAAAUAA